UUGAUGUUGAUGAUGAUCAGUAAAUACGUUGUAUAGUUGUGUGUGCUUGUGUUUAUAGCUGCAUUGCAGUAUUUUUAUAUAGUUGCGAAUUUACUUAAUUUAAAAAAUUAUAUAUAAAAGAAUUAUUAACUCAGUGGUCAAUUAUUUUUAAUUUAAUAUUUAACUGUUUACAUUUCCUUUAAACGAUGUGUUCAAAAGAUUUUUCCCAUUGUGCUUGCUAAAUUAAUCUUUACUAUACAUUUGUCUGUGAUAUUUAUUUAGUACAGUGAAAUAAAUACGGCUGAAAUAUUUUAAAAUGACUGUUACAUAUACGGGAGAAGUGGCGACAUGUCGUGGAUUUGGAACUUUUUUAAAAGUUUUGUACAGAUGGCGAGGCAGCAUUUACAAACUAGUAUGGCUGGAUCUUCUAGUUUUUUUACUCCUAUAUUAUAUAUUAAAUUUAAUAUAUAGGCUACUUUUGGAUGAAGGUUCAAAACGAACGUUUGAAGGCAUCGUGAAUUAUUGCAGUUUUCAUGGAAACGUCAUUCCAUUGUCUUUCGUGCUUGGUUUCUAUGUUACUGUAGUAAUGAAUCGAUGGUGGAAUCAAUAUACUACUAUACCGUGGCCUGACUCAAUUGCCGUAUUUGUAUCUGCCUCCAUUCACGGUCAGGAUGAACGGGGGCGCCUCAUGCGUCGUACAAUUCUUCGAUAUGUGUGCCUUUGCCUCACAAUGGUGCUAACUAUGAUCUCUCCAAGAGUUAAAAAGCGCUUCCCGACUCUCGAUAAUCUGGUUGAGGCCGGUUUAUUGUUAGACAAUGAAAAAACUAUUUUAGAAAACCUUAAUAAAAAGUUUCCUAAACCAUCUAAACAUUGGUUACCGAUAGUUUGGGCAACGAGUAUAGUAACAAGAGCGCGGAAAGAGGGCAGGAUACGAGACGACUUCGCCGUGAAGACAAUUAUAGACGAAUUGAACAAAUUUAGGGGACAAGCCGGGUUGCUUUUGAGCUACGAUACUAUUAGUGUACCGCUUGUGUAUACGCAGGUAGUUACUAUUGCUGUUUACUCAUAUUUCAUAACUUCCGCUUUGGGUAGUCAAUGGGUUGACCACAAACUCCAAUCUCAUAGCGAAUCAGUCUAUAUCAGUAAUAUAGACCUUUAUUUUCCCAUAUUCACGACAUUAGAAUUCUUCUUCUACAUGGGAUGGCUCAAAGUCGCCGAGUCCUUAAUAAACCCCUUCGGUGAAGAUGACGAUGACUUUGAAGUAAACUGGCUUAUUGACAGAAAUUUACAGGUAUCCUACAUGAUAGUAGACGAAAUGCAUCACGAGCAUCCUGAAUUGAUAAAAGAUCAGUAUUGGGACGAGGUGUUCCCAUCAGAGUUACCGUACACGAUCGCCACAGAGAACCAACGGGAAGAGCAUCCAGAACCUUCCACGGCUAGAGUGGCGGUGCCAGCGCGGCAACGCAGCAUGGUCACUGUUAAUCCCUCUAGCGUGAAGAUAGAUGAGAUGAUCCCCUCUAACACCGUGAGUUACAAGUUCGCCCCGCCAGAGCAAUUGCAAAUGAAUGAUGACGCACAAUCUGGGAUACACUUCAUCGUGUCGCGCGGAAGCAGGCGCGGGAAGAAAGAGGACAGGAACUCUAUGGGUUCCAGUAAUUCUAUGGUGUCACUGCAACAAACGCCUAUGACUAGAACCAAUUCGGUGACGUCGAUGUUGAAACGACUGUUCUCGAAGGAAGAUCAGCGAUCCAACGUCGUACCGUCGCAGACGGAUGGCGGCACCAGAUUCAUGGUAUCGGCUAGUAAUCCGACUCUGAACAAGCCGGCAGCGGCGAUGAGCGGCAGCAUGAAGAUCGCCAACGAAGUUAUCGAGGAAGUAGACGAGCAAGCAACGAUCACAAGUAUGGGAAAACGACCGGAAACUAGACCGACAGCAAUGAGCUUGUUUGCCCAAGGCCCACCAACUCCCAGCGACCCUGUAAGCGUACCGUCACGAAACUCGAACCACACCUCUAAAGGCACACGCCUAUCAUCAUCAGCGCCGUCGCAAUGGGGGCGCGUGGAGCCAACAGAGGUGGAGGACAAAAGCCCCUCCGCCAAGAGCCUCACCACCCGCGACUCGUUCCCCAACCUGCCGGCGGAGAGGCCGAGACUAGAUAGCGAUGUGGGACCCUCGCUCAGUGCAGCGGGGAGCCAGACUUUGUGUAAGUUUUUGCUAAUGAAAUCGUAUGUCGCGUUUAUUUACGUAGGUACUCUACUAGAGCAGCGAGCAGUCAGAAUUAUAUAAAUUUUUCCCAUUGAG